AUGGUGAGGGAGCUGGAGAUAGAGCGCAAGCGCAAACGACACCACUAUCACGAUCAUGAUGUCAGCGAUGCUACAGAUAGGAUGAUUUACAGCUACACGAGGAGCAUCAACGGAUUCUCGGCCAGGCUGACCGAUGACGAGAAGGACAAGCUGUCGGGCAAGGAGGGCGUGGUGUCCGUCUUCCCAAGCCGGACGUACCGACUCCAGACCACGAGGUCAUGGGACUUCCUCGGCUUCCCCGAGACGGCGCGCCGGAGCCUGCCCACGGAGGCGGAGGUCAUUGUCGGCAUGAUCGACACCGGCAUGUGGCCGGACUCUCCGUCCUUCUCCGACGAGGGCUUCGGCCCGCCACCGAGCAGGUGGAAGGGCGCCUGCCACAACUUCACGUGCAACAACAAGAUCAUCGGCGCCCGCGCGUACAGGCAAGGCCAUACCGGCCUGUCGCUAGUGGACACCGUCGGGCACGGCAGCCACACGGCGUCAACGGUAGCGGGGCGGGUGGUGGAGGGCGUCGGCCUCGCGGGCCUGGCCGCCGGGUCGGCACGCGGCGCGGUGCCGGGCGCCAGGCGCCAGGCUCGCGGUGUACAAGGCGUGCUGGGACGACUGGUUCCUUAG